GUUUGCUUGGGAUGACAAUGGAUGUGCUCAUUCACAAGUUUAUGAACAUUGUUUUCCCUGCUAUACUAUUCAUCCUUCUUUGUAUCACCUUCCCUCCCUAUCUCUUGGUCAAGUUUCUGUACUGUAACCUAGUUAGACCUUUCAUCCGGGAAGAUAUGACCGGGAAGGUCGUUCUAAUUACCGGUGCCUCAUCUGGUAUAGGCGAGCAACUUGUCUAUGAAUAUGCAAGAAGGGGAGCUUGUUUAGUCCUUGUUGCAAGGAGAAAGAAAUUACUCGAAGAAGUCAAGGAGAAGGCGCGUGAACUUGGAUCUCCAGAUGUUUUGGUCGUCUGUGCAGACAUUACUAAAGUCGAAGACUAUAAACAUUUCAUCGAUCAAGCAGUGAAUCACUUCGGACGAUUGGAUCAUCUUGUGAAUAAUGCUGGAAUCAUUAGCCUAUGUCCAUUCGAAGGAGUCUCUAGUAUCAGUAAUGUUGCACCAGUGAUGGAUGUUAACUUCUGGGGUGCAGUUUAUGCUACAUAUGCUGCAAUUCCUCAUCUCAGAAAGAGCAAAGGCAGGAUUGUCGUCAUUGCAUCACCCAUCGUAUGGGUGAUGGGACCAAGACUUAGUUUCUACGCUGCCAGUAAAGCUGCCGUGACAAUCUUCUUUGAAUCCCUCAGAGCUGAACUGGAUCCUGAUGUCUCCGUAUCGAUAGCGUUUCCCGGCGUGAUAAAAACGGAGAUGACCAAAGGCAACCAUUUGGGCAAGGAAGGUGUAAUGGAAGUUGAUGAAGAAAGCAUGAGUCUUUUCAUUGGAAACUUCCCGGUGAUUAGCGCGGAAUUAUGCGCAAAGUCGAUCGUUAAGGGAGUGUGCAGAGGAGAUAGAACCAUAGCAGAGCCAUACUGCUUUAAGAUUGCACAUUACUGGAACGUUCUUUGCCCGGAGAUCGCACAUUGGUUUUUCUGGUGGCUAAAUUCUAUCAAGCCGUAUAAGCGCACAUAAUUGUCUUGCCAAGAAUAUCACAACAGCCAAACAAAGUUGGUUGGGAUUUUAGCUUGUCAUGAUAUUAUCCUUUGAUGAACAUAUAUUCUUUGGUUGUUAUCAGCAUUUAUUAGUUUGGU